AGAACCCGCACAAAAUGAAGGAAUUAGGAAAGGAUUCUUCUGUCUUCCCAGUCGAAGGAAUUGCUGAAUAUAUUCAGGAUGUUCGCCUCCGCAAAAUCACUGGAUCGCUUAAGCUUGCCACGAAAACCCUCCAGCUGUUGAUGGAUCUGGUGUCGAAAAAACAAUGGAACACGGCUGAAGAACUACUCUCGCUCAUUCGCACGCAAGGUCGCUUCUUGGCCGAGGCACUCCCGCACGAUAUCGUCGUAGCAAACAGCAUUCGGCGCGUGAUGAAAAUAGUACGCGAAGAGUAUGAUUCCUCUCGGGUGGUGCAUUUCGACGAUGGUCAAAGUAUCCUUUCACUUCACAAGCUGGUAACACAGGCAGCCGACCCGGAACGGGACGAUUACUCGAAACCGAUGCCUGGGUUAAAGAAUGCCCUAGUGGACCAUUUGUCGGAAAUAGAAACGGAGCUAGAAACGACGGGCGAUUCGAUAUCUGCCCAAGCAGCUGAACACAUUCAUUCAGCGGAACUGAUCAUGACGAUCGGGUACUCGCGUGCGGUUGAAAAAUUCUUGCGUAAAGCAGCCGAAACUCGACCGAUCGAGGUGGUAGUGGUGGAGUGUGCACCGGAUUGUCGUGGUCAACAGUUGGCAGCUAACCUGGGACGGGCCAAGAUACAAACAACACUCAUUUCCGAUGCGGCAAUCUUUGCGAUCAUGUCACGCAUCAAUAAGAUCAUCAUCGGUACGCAUUCGGUGCUGGCUAAUGGUGGACUACAGGCGGUUUGUGGCACGUACAGCUUAGCACUUUCGGCGAAACACUUUUCUGUGCCCGUGAUUGUGCUUGCGCCGACGUACAAACUAACUCCGGUGCAUCUGUGCAAUUACGAGCAGGGUGAUUUCAACAUUCUGGGCAAUACGGAAGCGGUACUACCGUUCAAAAGUUUGGCUUCAAGGUUCACAAAAGCAUACAAUCCGCUGUUUGAUUACGUACCACCGGAACUGGUGACACUGUUUGUGACGAAUAAUGGCUCGAACGCUCCUUCAUACAUCUACCGUUUGAUAGGAGAGCUGUAUCAUCCGGACGAUAGUCAACUAUGAAACACGAUAUCCAGUUCUUUAUUCGUUUCAUUUUCAUAAAAUCAAUUACAGUCGUAUGGGAGAAGUCUUUUA